AUGGCGGCGGACGCACCCAAGUUCACGGUUCGGCCGCUGUCGAAACAACCCAGAAACGACCAGAAAGACUCCUUUCGUGUCUUUCUCUCUCCGUCGUCUCUGCUGCUCAUAAAAGCUCGGCCUGGCGAUCUGUGUCAACUGGAAUCACCAGGUGGUUCCCCCAGAACAGCCAUCGCGUGGACCGCAGCUGAGAAAAUUCCGGAUACAAUUGUUCAGACCUCUAAGGCUGUUCAGGAUCUAUACGGGCUUAAGCUUGGAGAGAAGAUAUCAGUUUCUAGAGAGUAUGAACCCUUGGACGAAAUAUCUGCUAUCCGCCUUGAAGAGUGCACCGACGCAGGCAAACUUUCCGCUAUUGGGCUGCUUCUGGAAACAGAUAGACCUCAUUGGGAAUGGGGUCUGGAAUACCCCUUGUCUAAAUGCGAGAUCAUUGCGGAGGGGAUGGUGUUUGACCUAGACCUUAGAGGGAGCCGUAGAACCUUUAGAGUGGCGGAAAUCGAGCCUCUCACUCCAAGUCGAAGUAAUACCAUCUUUCAAUUUACUGCAAGUUCUAAGGUAUUCAUCGGACAGGCCUUGCAACGUCAAACUCUACCUUCCUCCCUUUCUGUGUCAUCCGCGGGAUUGGGUGGCCUCGGCCAGCAAUUAAUGCAGAUUAAUGAAAGACUCCGUGACUUUACGUUCCAGGAGCAUAACGUGACUAUGCCUUCGUUUUAUCGGAGUAGUGGCGGGAUUUUAAUCUACGGCCCGAAAGGGACGGGGAAAAGCACGCUACUAUCUAAACUUGGCGCUGCAGGGUGGAAGAAAGUACUCACCGUCAAUAGCUCCGUGCUGAACAGAAACCGCGGCGACGGAGAGGUUUUAUUGCGCAAGAUCUUCACAGAAGCUCUUCAGUCACAACCAAGUCUAAUUGCCAUAGACCAAUUGGAUUUCCUUGCUCCCAAGAAUCGGCCUAAUGACUCAUCUGUAUGUUCAGCGCUAUGCGAAGCCUUGGAUAGUUUACAAGAUGCGAAAGUUCUAGUGGCCGCAUGCACGAGACAUCCGAACGAUGUUGACGACACCCUAAGAACCCCCCAUCGGUUUGGCGUCGAGAUCGAAUUACCAGUUCCAACUGCUAAGGGGCGAGAAGAGAUUCUAUUAUCCAUUCGGGGAACUUCCACUGUGCCCGAUGACAGCCAAAUAGCAAAAUUGGCGGAACGGACUCAUGGAUAUGUCGGCGCCGACCUCUUUUCAUUGUUACAGCUUUCGUGUAGAAAAGCACAGACCAGACAAAUGAUGGAAUUGGAGCAGGCAAAACCGUGUUCCAGUGAACAAUGUGCUUCGGAACAGGCCUUACCUUUCGAGGCUGCAGCUCCAGAUGAGAAUUUCCUUCAAAUCGAUGAUAACGAUAUAUCGCUUGCUCUUCAAGAAACCCGCCCGACGGCAAUGAGAGAAGUUUUCCUGGAAACGCCUAAAGUAAGGUGGAGCGAUAUUGGUGGACUACAUGAUAUCAAGGAGCGUCUUCGGAAAGCAGUAGAGAGACCAAUCAAGUUUCCUGAUCGAAUGAGACGACUGAAUAUAAGCGGCAAGAAGGGGAUUUUACUAUACGGCCCUCCUGGUUGUUCGAAGACACUAAUGGUUAAAGCACUGGCGACUGAAGCUGGGUUGAAUUUUCUGGCAGUUAAAGGGGCUGAGAUCUUGAGCAUGUAUGUUGGGGAGUCAGAACGGGCACUUCGUGAAAUAUUUCGAAAAGCACGAUCGGCCAGCCCAAGCAUUAUAUUUUUUGACGAAAUCGAUGCGAUUGCUUCGCGACGAGGUAGUGGCCCAUCUGGGGGCGGUGGCGGUAUAAACGUACUCACGACUUUGCUCAAUGAGAUGGACGGAAUCGAAGAGCUGAAAAACGUGCUCGUUGUGGCGGCAACGAACAAACCCGAGGUUCUCGACCCUGCGCUUAUGCGGCCCGGGAGACUGGAUAAUAUUCUGUAUAUUGGGCCCCCAGACUUGCAGGCCCGGAAAGAGAUUUUAAACAUCUGGGUUAGUAAAUCGGAAGUCGACGAUGAUGUUGAUAUUGACAUGUUAGCCGAGGUGACUGAAGGGUAUUCUGGCGCGGAGAUGGUUAAUAUCUGUGAAACUGCAGCUGAUGGCGCCCUGGACGAGGAGGAAGAGACUGGCCAGCAACAAAAAAUUGGAUGGAGGCAUUUUGAAAGUGCUUUGGAACAGGUACCCAAGCAGAUAUCAGCAGCUGUGAUCGAGGCUUAUGAGAGAUGGAGGGAUGAUAUGAUAUGA